AUGGCGCCGAUUCAAUUAUUGUUCACGUCGGCUUUUGUCCUGUCGGCUGUCGUCGCGGCGCCGAUUAAUUCUAACUAUGUAGGUGCUGGCAUGGCGGGCGCAUCCACUCCGAGCAAGCACCAAAGCGAGCCAAUGCGCAUGGCGGAGCCGGCUAUGUCCAGCGUGCCGAUGAUGGGUAUCGAUACUCAGGCCAUGAAGUCGUCCGCUGCUGCAAUGGCAAUUCAGACCCCUCCAAGUACCAGCAGCGGGAAGCAGAGUGACGGCGUUUUUGGCGUUUUGGAAAAAUUGCCCUUGAAGCGAGAUGGAGAGGACGUCGCAGCCCGCCAGAUGAGUGAGGUCACUGAAUUGCUGACCAGCAUUAACUCCAUUGCUAAGCGGGACGGAGAAGUUGAGGAACGUCAGUUGGGGUUGAUCAAGAGUGUGCCUGAGGCUGUUGGUCAGGCUGCGCAGGUGGAGAAGCUUGUUGCGAGUUUACCGAUUAAGCGCGAUGGAAGUGGAAUUUUGGGUGGUCUAGGUGGACUUGGUGGUGUGCUGGGGGGGUCUGUGAAGCGUGAUGUCGAGGAAGCAGAGAAGCAUGAUGAGACUUAUACUGAGAAAGCACUCAAGGGAUUUCAGGGCUGGCUGCAUCAUGGUACAAAGGAUAAGCAGGAGACGCCGGAGAUACCUGAGAUCCCUUCGACGGCGGGCCUCAGUGCUGUUGCCAAGAGAACCGAUCCUGUGAGCGGUCUUCUCAACGGCAUCCUUGCAAAGCGCGAUACUGAGGAAGGCUCUGAGACUGAGACUCACAAAGAGACAUAUACCGAAAAAGCGCUCAAGGGAUUUCAGGGAUGGAUUCACCAUGGCACCAAGAACGACAAGCAGGCAACCCCAGAGAUCCCAUCGGCAGCAGGCCUCAUCGAGACUCACAAAGAGACAUAUACCGAAAAAGCACUCAAGGGUUUUCAGGGAUGGAUUCACCAUGGCACCAAGAACGACAAGCAGGCAACCCCAGAGAUCCCAUCGGCAGCAGGCCUCGGCGAUAUUGCCAAGAGAACCGAUCCUGGCUGGAUCCAUCAUGGCACCAAGGAAGGAAAAGAGGUGACCCCUGAAGGACCAUCAGCAGCAGAUUCACUUGGUCUCGGCGAUAUCGCCAAGCGAGGCAGUCCCAAUCCUGUCUCCGAGCUUCUCGGACUUCUCGCAAAGCGUGAGGAGAUGGACUCCGAUGACUCCACGAUCGACAGCCUCGCAAAGCGUGAUAUCGACGAAGCAAUCGCCACUGCGUCCGAUGCGCUUGCCGGCAUGGCAAAACGCAAUGGCCUCGACUCUGUCGAUGCACUCAUCAAAGGCCUCACAAAGGGCGGGCAGCUCAACAAUGGACUCAACAUCCGUCAACUUAACAUCCUCUCAUCAGUGGCAACUGGUGCAUUGAGCAAUGCCGGUACAGCAGCCGGUAAGCUUGGAAAGGUCGCCACCGGUAAGCUUCGUCGCGGAAACGGCGAUGCAGGUUCAAUAACUACCGCCGCCACAGCUGGGCUGAAUGUUGGCAAUCACCACAAGGUCGACAAAGCUGACGACGAGAGCGCCGAUGUGGAUGAAAUCGCCGCAGAUGUUGCUGAGGGAGAGCAGACCUUGCAUGACGCCACUUCAUCUCAGGGUCGUGCUGGUGGACAUUUGGAUAAGCGUCAGGUACCUCCUAUUGCUGGUUCGGAUGCGUUAAGUGUCGUCAAGGGGCUAGUUGCGAAUCCGAAGGCUGCGUUGACACCGGUCACGAAGGGCAUCCUGGUUGGAGGGACUGCGUUGGGUGAUAUGGCGCCGCACUAA